GCGCUUGACUUCCUGCAGGCUGGCAGUAGCUAGGAGGUGACAUUGAGGCCUCACACACUUCUAGUAGACACACACACACUCUCACGGCAUGAGGAAAGUUCCAGACGAGGGCAAGGUGCUCCCUCCCCCGGGAAUCGUCAACAUGCCCUCGGUGUGGCUGGCGGGCUGCGGCUGGUUCUCCGCCAUGCUCCACAAUGCUAUCUCGCACAGGCCGCCGCUCAAGUCAGGGGUCCAUCGGCAGGUCCUGCUGGCGACAAUUGGCUGGUACUUGGGCUACCGCAUGAAAAGAUAUGAAAACUACGUCAAUGCCAGACUGGACCGAGACAUGAAGGAGUACAUCAAACUCUACCCCGAUGACUUCAGGCCCAAGGAAACAAAGACCUUUGCUGAGAUCGUGGAGCCUUUCCAUCCCAUACGCUGACAUCACUAUUGUUCUUCUAAACAAACACAUGACACUGCAACUAUCUUCUCGUUCAAACUUAGUUCAACUAGGAGAAAAAUGGCAAGUCAGCAUUUCACCAAGGCAGAGUUGAGUUGAUGUCCAGGAAACAAGAAGUCCAAGUCCUUGUUUAUAUUUUAUUUUAUUUAACUAUAAGAGUCUAAUAAAAAUGCUAAAAAAAAUAA